AUGGCGACACAAGACCUUGGGAAUCGCGCCGGAAAUACCCUCUCCGAUCGCAUGCUCAAAGUCCUCGACGGAGCUCCAGCCCUGAUACGUCGGAAACCACGAUAUGCUAUUACCUCAACCAUACAAACGGGCUCAUACACCGCCCUGGGACUCAUGCUAGGAUAUUCGAUCCAGAAACACAACGAUCUAGUAGCUAUGGACGCCGAGCUGGUCAUGUUGGUCCGAUCCGGCGGUAACGAUGGUGUUUCAGCCGAGAAUAUUACGCGAUUGGAGAGAGCUGGCUGGAGAGUAAAAGAAGCUGAGGAAUUGGAGUUCGAAAACGUGGAUACAUCGCAGAUCAGAAGUCACCAUCGACACAAUCUCAACAAGCUGCACGUUUGGAGUUGGACCGAAUACGAAAGAAUCAUCUUUUUGGAUGCGGACACAGUGUGUAAAGGCUCCCUAGCGGAACUAUGGCAGAUGCCUGGAGAUUUCGCAGCUGCGCCAGACGUCUGGUGGGAUGUGAUUACAGACAACAGGUUUAAUUCGGGGUUGAUGGUACUGAGACCUUCGACUGAGGAAUUUCACUCGCUGGUGAAGCACGUUUCGGAUCCAAACUACCAUUCGCCGAACGACGCCGAUCAGGCUUUCUUAAAUACGUACUACCGGUUCAGGUACUUUGGGUUGCCAUACAAAUACAACUUCAACCUGAUUAUGUACCAAUUCCACCGAUACUACUGGGACCUGCUAUGGGACGAGGCUGUGAUUGUCCAUUUCACAGUCAGGAAGCCAAAGCCUAAUCCAAGGGAACACUGCCACAAAGGCUGCAACGAAUGGGAGCCUAUGGAGUGGUACGGAAUGAUGUUCCGCGAAAUGCUUGCGUUUUACGGCUGGGAGAAGGAAAUCCCGCUGUACGCCUAA